AUGUCAUUUGUCACUGUCAAAACUGAACUCUAACCUCCGGUUGUUGAGUUUUAAUAAAAAUUGUCAUUUUUAAUUUACAUUGUUAAAAUUAAAUUGGAAUAAUGGCAUUCAAUUUUCCAGCAUUUUCUUAUAUAAUUGCUUUAAUAGUCGACGCCUUUUUGAUAUUUUUCUCGCUAUUUCACGUGAUAGCAUUUGAUGAAUUAAAAACUGAUUACAAAAAUCCUAUUGAUCAGUGUAAUAGUCUAAACCCGCUUGUGUUGCCAGAGUACCUGCUCCAUCUCCUCUUCAACAUCUUGUUUGCUGCAUCGGGAGAAUGGUUUUCCCUUUGCCUGAAUAUACCUUUGAUUGCCUACCAUAUCAAUAGGUAUCGUACGCGUCCUGUGAUGUCAGGUUAUGGAAUAUACGAUCCUACGAGCAUCAUGAACGCAGAUGUACUUACAAGGUGCCAAAGAGAGGGAUGGGUCAAGCUCGCCUUCUACCUACUCAGCUUUUUCUACUACCUCUACGGAAUGAUAUACGUGUUAAUUUCCAACUGAGACUUGACGGCCAGCACGACCGUACGACAAGACAUUUUCGAACAGUAAAAUCAUUAGUUUUAGUAACAAAUACAAAGACAGAUGGGAAUUCGGUUCUCGAUAUUAUGCAGAGUAUUUACCUGAUGAUGAACACUUAUUGGAGGAUAGAAACGCAUAAUUUGCAGAACUGACUUACCCAUGUAAUGGACAGGUAUGAUGGAAACGUAUGUACUUUAAUGUUUUGUUAGUAUUUUUACGAGAGAAGCUAAGUAGGUUUGUGAAGAAUUAGUUAUUUGUUGUACUCGAUACUUUUUAUUAACUCAUUAAUUAAUUAAAUCCUACAAAUACACAACGUAAGAGGCUACAUGAGCGCGUCAGCAAUAUUUUUUUUUUUUUUUUUUUCGGAAGUUCUGCUAACUUUCCACAGUGCGUCGACAGUGACACUAUUACUAUCAAAAACUAAGGCACAGUAUUAUGAUAACAAUAAUUGAGGGGCUUGGAAGUAAAAGGGUUUAGUGCACUUUUUUCAAAUUCUGACCUAAGUACAGAUUCGCAUACCUAAAUGGUAUUAUAACUUGAUGGUAAAUUGAUCUAAGCAUAUUUCGCCCUACAGGCGCCAUCUAGCCAUUACAUUUUGUUCAAUGAAAACAAUUGCAGUUUGCUUUGGUAGUAAACAGGUUUAUCCGUGCUCUUGAACCGUUUUACCACAAAACUAUGUUUAGUAUUCUGUAAAAAUAAAUAGUAAGAAACGGGUUCAAGUGCGCUUGAACCAUUUUACCACAAAACUAUUUUUAGUAUUUUGUAAUGUGUAAACCCAUGUUAAUACAGGAUUAAUUUCAAGUAAAUAAAUAUUAGAUUUGUGACCAAUUUUGAAGACCAAUUAAGUAUUAUGCAACGUGCCAGUUGUAGUUACACUGUGGAUAACAGCUGGAACAAAAAUGAUUAGUAAUAUGUAGUUAACAUCUGCAUUUGAACCGUUUUACCAGUAACAUUUAUCAACACCAUGUACCGAUUCAAGUACAUUUUUUUCAUAAUUGAAAAAAAGGAAGGAUAUAGUAAGGGUUUAUAUUUUUAUCACUUUAUAGUAAAUUGUACACUAGACAAAUUUUAGUUUAAUGACUCCUAGAAUUCAUAAAACUCAAACAACUUUGAAGCUGAUUGUCUCAGAACUACCAAAACUGCACUUAAACCCUUUUACGUCUGGCUCCCUCAAUUAUGAUACUCAUAGGCGCGCUAAAUGUUGCCAAGUCAGUCAAGUUCGGUUUCUUGUUAUAGAUAAUCGAUUUUUAGAAAUUCCAAUGUGACACAAAAUCUAGGCAUGGGAUAAAAAAGUUUAUUUGAAGAAAGUGUAUUUUUUUCUGUUCUUUUUAAUGGCGGUACAGACUCAUUUUCAACGAAAACAUUUCGUUUAUAAAUUCGCAAAAGUCUGUGUGUUAUUGAGUUGCCGCUCCUGCAAUACUCAGAUCAGAUUUAUCGAUGGAUUCUUAUGUAGUUUUUUCUUCUGAAUACAAAUCUGAAAAUGGCAUUUCGAUAUUUCUAACCGUCUUCGAGAUAAUCGACCCCAAAGUGUAAAAUGUGACGUCACAAUCGGGUUAUUUUCUUCCGACACACUACACGUCCAGCUGAAAUCGUUGCUAUUAAGUAGGCUAGUUUUUUAAUCUCGAUUUGUUAAGCAAAGCAUAAUAGGUUAUUUACAUUUGAGUUUGACACUUCGUGAAUGUCAAACUAAAUUUUAAAUUAAGUAUUAAUAAAACAUUAAUGACAUUUAUUUGAUAGUGAAUUUAAUUAUUAUAUAAAAUAAAUAAGAUGUUUAAAAAUACAAUUUGAGUAUAUUUUAAAAGCAAUAAUUUAUUAACAGCUUCAAAAAGGUUUAUACGAGUAGGCGGCCUCCCCUUUAUGAUAAAUGGACUGUUCCAUUUGCUAUGAAAUUAAAAUAUAGUCGGUUCGCUAAACUCGACACAACUGGCUAGUGAUUUUAGUAGGUAAUUUUUUUGUUUUUGCGAAUUUUGCCAAAAUUGACAAAAUUACUAAUUAUUUAGUAAUUAUUAACUAAUUAGUAAUUAUUUUUUGCCAAAUUGACAAAAUUAUUGACUAAAAUCACUAACCAGUUGUGUCUGAGUUUAGCGAACCGACAGUAUAUGAAAGAAUAUUGUUUGGUAUAAACAAUUAUGAUCUGAUAUGUGCAAUUACAUCUUUCUAAUGGAAAAAAAAUAUUUGAAGAUUUUCCUCAAAUUAUGGAUACCAGCAACAUUUUCAUUUAUAACUCUUUUAUUUUUAAUUUGACGAAGAAAAUUUAUUCUUCAUAAAAAGCUCUUCAUGUUCUAAGAUUUAUGAUGCAACCAUCAUAUGUAAAAUUUUAUUAAUUUUAUACGAGGUAUAUAAAAAAUAUGAAUUUCGAUCAAGAAUGAACUGCCUUUAUAGUUCAUAACAUUUAAAUUAGAAUGAUAUAAUUGCACAUUAAAACAUAAUUAUUAAUUCUAAACUACUUUUCAUAAUAGCAAUUUUCCAUAUUAUGAAUUAAAAUACGUAAAUAAAUAAAGUUUUCGUUAUGAUAAUGCUCGCAUUUUCAGCUUGUUUAAUAUUUUAUUUAAUUAUAGUAAUUUCCACACACUAACAUAUUUCUCAAAUUGGGCUCUGUACCGCCAUUCUUUACUAUAUUACGAAUAUAUCUGCCAAAUAUCUCGACAAAAUAUUCAAAAUUAAAGCUGUAAUCUUGGAACGCGUUUUCCGCACGCUGAUGUUGCCUCUUAAUAAUGUAUAAACAUGUUAACAUAAAUUUAUUUGAAUAUGCAAUUCAGGUAUUGUUUUAAGAAUAUUUAUUGCAACUAGUACGCUCAACCUAUGCUAAUGAAAUGUAUUAUCAAUAACUAAAUCGUUCAAGUUAAUCUUAUAACCAAAAAAUAUAAUUUUCAUACCUAAACUUUGGAGUUUUACUUAAGAGAAUAUUGUUUAGACAUGUUUCAGAGAAAACCACCCAUGCAAUUUUAGAAAAUUUUUGUUUUUUUUAUUUUUUUUUCGUAUCAAAUUAAAUCUAUUGUGUAUUGAUUCUGUUACUCUUGUCGCACGUAACCUGACAUUAUCAUUAGUCAUCAUUAUCAUCAUCAUUCAACCCGGAUCUAUCCACUGCUGGAUAUAGGUCUUCCUCAGCCUUUCCAUGUAUUCCUGUUUUGUGUUGUUUGCAUACAGUUUUUGUCGAUCCUCUACUUCGAUAUAAUUCUUGUCUUGGUCUCCAGUGUAUUAUUCGCUGUGUUUAUCUGUUAUCCGACAUUCUAGCUAUGUGCCCUGCCCAGUUCCACUUAAGGGUCAUAAUUCUUUCUAUAGCAUCUGUCACUCCUGUUCUUCGUCUUAUUUUCUUGUUCGUAAUUCGAUCCCUACGAGAAAUGCCGAACAUUGAGCGUUACGUGGCUCUUUGGGUGGUAACACAAAUUUUGUUUCUUACUUUCUUGGUUAUUGUUAAAGUUUCUGCACGAUAUGUAAGUACGAGCAACACGCACUGAUCAAAGACUUUUCUUUUGAGACACAUAGGCAGUUCUGACUUAAGCUUAAGCUCUUCUAAAGCAUUCCUACUAAGCAUACUAGUAAAAAUAUAUAAUAUUAAACAUGUACUAAUUUUAGUGUAUUUGUUUUACGCUCACAUGUAUAUACAAAUCCAUUUUUUUAUUUUUCAUUUUUAAGUAAAAUAAUUUAUUGGACUUAUUUGAUUGUGUAUUGUUCCCAGGUGAAAACACUUAUGUUACUUCCAUAUUUAUUAAAUUAAAUAAAAUUUUGUAAUGAGCAAUAGUUCCAGAUAUAAUUGUUAAACCUCAGAAGUAGUAUCAACCGCUAUCACUACAUAAACAAAGGCAUGUAAUUAACUUUUUUUAGUACCAGUAAACUGAAUUUUUUAAAUUUACUUAAUUUAUUUAAGAUUUUGCAGGUUAAGAUAGUCAAUAACAUAAGAAUUUUGCAAUGUUCACAAUAUUGUUUAUUUCAUAAUAUUUAAAUCAAAAUCUGUAUCGCCUUAUCAUCUGUAAAUAUUUGUAAUAAAAUGUUUUAUUUACA